CUGCACUCUGCAGCCCAGCGGGCAGCGGGCAGCGGCCCAGGCCAGCACUGGGCCAGCCAUAACAUUUGAAUAGUGAACGUUCGCAAAGAGAAAACUAAAAAUGUCUGUAAUAGUGUUGUAGGUUGCAAAACAGUGUUGUGAACAACAAACAGUGUGCAAGCAGCAAGCCGUUUAGAAAAUCAAAAUCCCAUGAAAAAAAAAAGAUUUUUCUUUCUCUAAACAAAUUUUUUCUUUCCUUAAAUACUUUUUUUUAUGUUGUUUGACGUUUAUUCAUGAUGAUACCAUUUGACAACUAAAAACACUAAAUUAAGUGCAGAUGUAUUUAAAGCAACUCGAGUCCAUCUUACCUAGUGGGACCCAUCAGAGUAAAAGUGCUCAACUCUAUCAACAACAACAACAGGCUAGCCAAGUAAUGAUGCUGUUACCUCCCCCAUUUCAAGUGAAAAACAACCACCACCACCACCCACUCAACGAUCCUGUUGGAACAGCUGGAGGCCAUCAUCACAACAACAACAACAACAUGAAAGAUUUGCCUGAAUUAAUUCCGGCUGAACCCGUUUUGAUGUCCAAAAGUUUUUCGUAUGAGUCGCCCAAUGGCGUCAGACGCAAAAUUCUAAUAAAUUUGAUGGAAUAAAUGUUACGUAUGGGUGUCCUAUAAUGUUCUGAUGUGGCACCGCUGCUGCCUGUCGCUGUCCACCAAAUGACGAAACAGGCCAACCAAAAGAGGAAAGCAAUAAAAAUCCCGAAGCGUAAGCGUGUGAGGGCAGUGUGAGGGUCUCUUGCUGCAGUCAAAAGUAGGUCUCAGUCCCGAAAUUUCAUCAUCACGAGCUUUGGUUUCUCUUUAAUUGUUUGUCUUCACGUUAUUUCUUCCCAGUUGUUAUUUGUCCCCAUUGUCAAACGGGUUUUUCAGAAAUUGUUAACGUAGCAACAGUUGAAAACGGUUUAAUUUUGCUUAACGGAAUUCUUUGCUGACGUGUAUUUUUUAGAUUUUUCAUCUAAAACGGAGGUACCGUAGGUCUAUUAUAAUAAUCUAAUCAAUUCGUCUAUAAUAAAUAGUCUCAGAUUUCGCUGAUUUUAUGGAGCCCCCAUUGCGUCAUAAGGAAGAGGAUCUUCUCUUCAAAGGGAAGAACAUCCAUUGUAGAAAUGAGCCACUUUAUAACAAAGGGCGGGGCGAUCCAUUCUUGGAUCCUUUGGUGUACCGCGGGUAUUUCAAAAGGGCGGAGGAUUCAAAAGAAGAAAUUGUGGUGAGGAAGAUUAAGGUAACAGAUUGUUGCGAACAAUGGAAAGAUAUCUUCAACAACCAUACUCGAGAGGAUCCCAUCAAACACGAAAAUGUCCUCAAAAUUAUUAGCUACGAAGAUAUGGAUGAAUGGAGAUAUUUUGCUCUGGAACGUUACGACGCUACAUUGGAGCAGUUUUGCAAAGGCUUUUACAAGGGGCCAAUGCCAUCUGAUGCCCAAGUUCUUUGCCAAAUCGCCGAAGGGCUUUUGUAUCUUCACGGAGAGCAGUGUACACACGGAAAUUUGACGCCCCGAACAAUUCUAAUCGCUUCCGCACAUCCGGUGCGGAUGAUGAUCAAAUUAUCCGAGUUUGGGUUGAGUAAAUUCGGCGACCGUUUUGAUGACAGUCAAGCGGAGUCAAACGACCAAGAUGGAAACUCAUUUCCUAGAGCGGCAAAAAGAUUGAAAUACACCGAGGAACUGGGGAAAGAACAAGAUAUUUGCCAAAGGAAAUAUUGGAUAUUAGAUGGAACCACCGACAGUAACCAGCAGACCCCUAUACCGAUAGAUUAUAAUCAAGAUAUAUUUGCAGCAGGCUGCCUCUGUUUUUAUUUUCUCAACCGGGGUGUGCAUCCCUUUGGUGACGACGCGUCGUCAAUCUUGGAAAACAUUAAAAAGCGAAAUCCUGUCAACUUAUUACAAACCAAACAACAAGAAAAGGGCAUAUGGGAAUUUGCCUACGAGCCCAUAAAAAACAUGAUUGGAAAUCCACCGACCGACGGUAAAAGUUGGUUACUGAUUGCCAAAACCUGUUUUAUGAAGGCCCUUCCUCUGCGAUUUGAAGAAAAAAGGAGAACGAACUCGGCAAGGGGGCGUUUGGAAUCGUGUACAAAGGAACAUACGAAGGAAAUGCCGUUGCAGUUAAAGUUACAGUAAAGGUGCAUUUAGAUGAUAAA